UUCAUUUUCUAUUGGUUCCCUUCCCUGGACCCAACACCUUCAGGUUCCUUUGAGGACACCUCCCUCCUGCUUGGAGAAACCCCCGCCCAACUGUGUGAGUCUCUGUCCGUUGCAAAGGCAGGCAGCUUGGAACCUACUGGAAGCGAGUUGUGGAGGGAGCAGAAACCUGCCCGCAGCUAAAAUUCGCGCUUCAGCACAAUGAGGCCGAGCAAACUAAUGCAGUGGGAUGCCUGCUGGGCCGACUGCCGCCCCGACCCGGAGCCCUGGGUCCACUUCGCAGCCUGCUGCUGAGUUUCAGACCGCAGUACUCAGCAUCCGCCCGGCUUUGCCCCCUUGCCGAAGUCUGAGAUCGACAGAUGCUGGGCGUAGGCUUUUCCCUAGGCUAAAGCCCCAAAGCUCCCACCUUCGCCUUCUAUUUAUUUGCCCGCUCCCACCACUACCAUCGAAGUACGUGCCCCUCUGGUAGUGUUGGCGCUGCCACCCGAACGAGGGAAAGGGCGCCUCCCCAUCCCCUCCUCCCCAUCCCCGCCGCGACUCGGGGUUUUACUGCGGCAGCCGGAGGUGACAGCGACGCCCGAGCCUCCUCCGUUGCUCUCAGAGCCCCGGCUUCCCCAGCCUCCGGAAAGCGCCUCCUUCUGAGAGGCUGGUCCCUGGAGAAGUGCUAACGUGCUGCAGGAAACCAAAUUUAAAAAUGUAGAAGUCGCUGGGCUGCAUUCCUCCGAGGACGAGCCUGAUCGCCCAGGACCGAGUGUGGCAGCGUGUGGGAAGUUGGGACCAUAGAGCACGGGGGGAGGGGAGUGGUGCAGCCGGCAUUCCCUUCUGAAAGGAGUCGUUGGGAGCAGUGACCGGUUGGACACAAGUUUGCCUGGGAGUGUUUUCCUUUCGUCAAUAAUUAAUCGCCGGAAUCAGGCUGACAGAAUUGGAGUUUUAGCAAUAGUGCAGAGGGCGGGGCCGAACACCUAAGUCCCGGAGCUUUGAGGUGCCCAGCGCAGUAGGAAGCUCGCAGCAGUUGGGGAGGAGCCAAAGCACUGGUGCUCACCUAAGCCGCAGGAGAUAUAUCCAACCCAACCGGGAGAUGAAGAAACUGCAACCCAGAGAGGAGAAGUAAUACACACAGAAUCAUUCCCCAGGGGAAACAAGGACAAGAACCCAGACCUGGACUCUCCUAGGCCAGAAGAAAGUUUUGUCCCUGACUAAUGUGGAUCCCAAGUCCCAGGACUUCUCCCUUUCAUUGACAGACUUUCUGCAGCUUGAAGGAACCAGCCAUGGAUUUCAAGCGUGUGAAGGACUAUUUAUCCUGGCUCUACUAUCAAUAUCAAAUCAUUAGCUGCUGUGCUGUCUUGGAGCCUUGGGAGCAAUCUAUGUUCAAUACCAUCAUACUAACCAUCUUUGCUAUGGUAGUGUACACUGCCUAUGUUUUUAUCCCAAUCCACAUUCGCCUGGCUUGGGAAUUUUUCUCCAAAAUGUGUGGCUAUCACAGUACAAUUUCUAAUUGAUCUUUUCUGCAUUCUGCAAACUGGCAUUGCAUAUGUGUAUGCUGCUUCCAACGCAUUGAUUUAGGUGAAUACUGUGGCUUCUUUCACUGUCUAACCUCAAAAGCUCUCCCCUCUCUAUGCAGUCUUAGAUCCUGCCUGAAAUUUGAGAUAGAUGUCUCUUUAGGUUCUUUUAUACACACCAUGUUGUGCAUCAGACCAUGGAUAACACAAUGACCUUACCUCACGUACCAUAUUCUUUCAACUUAAAUCUAUGAGUUUAGAUUUUGUUUUUAAUUGGUAAAUUGCCUAUAAGCUUAUUCUGGAAAAAUAGGCUCAUAAGAGAUCUAUCAGAAUCAUAUUUAAAAUGCUCCCUUGAUACCUAUUCUAUAGUGAAGGAUAUAUUUUUAAAAAAUUUGUUCAUAAGCUACAAAGUAUCCUAUCUUUGUUUACAAUAUACAAAAAGAUCUGAAUAAAUUAUAUAGACCCCUAAAGUCUUAUUUUCUAGUAACCUGCUGAUACCUAAAAUUCUUUUCCUUCAAGUGCAAAAGAAUUGAAGGCAUUGGUUUAAGGCAAUUAACUCCUUUCAGACAUGUUUCAUGAAUUGUUUCAAAUGUCUCUAAAAGUCUGGCUUUAUAACAGUUUAAAAUCAACAAUGUUGACUUUCGAUAACCCAGUAAGUAUUAUAAAACAAAAUAAUUUUAAGCAUAAGAAAAAAUAUAUAAUCAAAAUAAAUUCAGAUGUUGUGAUUGUGAUGCUGCCUUGCCUUGCAUGACGCUGGGGGAAAAGAGACAAGAAAUUGCAUCCUUUCUGUGCUUUCACUCAGUGGAGAGGGGGGUAGGGAUCAUAUAUUGGGCUACGGGAAGAAAAGCUAAUAAAUAGGCUGGAAGUAAUAUUCUACCAGCAGGAACUCGACAGCUUCAGUUAAGUGCUUUGAUAUAGUGGCUCCUUUGCAGAGCAAAAACAAGAUUUAUUAAAUUUCCUUCAAAGUGUUUAUCUUAGAAACAAAUACAAGUUUUUAAUUAUACUGUUGAGUCAAAUGUGAAUGCCAAAGAACAAACCUUGCAGUUUUCCUCUCAAUAAAUAUUAAUGUUAGUAAUUCUGGAGGGUAAAAAUAUAAAUAGUUUUUGGACAAUAUUUCACCUUUCUUUGUGUUAUGAAAGAAAAUUUCAAGGAGAGCUAGAGGGAAAGAUGUUUGGCAUGCCAAAUUACCUUGCAUGUUUGUUAAAAAACAAAAACGUGUUUUGAAGAUAAAACAGAUCUGAACAUGUAUUUGUUGAUUUUUGCAAAAUAAAAUUAGGUUUAAUUUUAUAAAUAAAA